ACCAAACUUCUCUGUCUCUCUCUUACCAUAUAUGGUUGACCAGCUAAGCUAGCUAUCCAGAAAAAAUCGGCCUUCGUUUCAUUGCCACUGCCAGCAAACAGUUUCAAAAUUUAACACCUGUGGGUCUUGUAGCUUUGCCACCGAAAAACCACACCAAAGAAGCUUCCAACACCUGUUCUCUCUAACCUCUUUCUCUCUCAUACAAAUAAAGAGAUAUGGGAUCGGUUUUCAGCUCAAAAAUAAGCAAAGAAGAGCUAGAAAUGGCGUUGAACAAGGCUAAGGAGAUUGUGUCUUCCAAUCCUGUUGUUGUCUUCAGUAAAACUUACUGUGGCUAUUGCAAGAGGGUCAAGCAGCUGUUCACACAGCUAGGAGCAAGUUACAAGAUUAUUGAGCUGGAUGAGGAACGUGAUGGAAGUGACAUUCAAUCGGCUCUAGCAGAGUGGACUGGUCAGAGGACUGUGCCCAAUGUGUUUAUUGGGGGAAAACACAUUGGUGGUUGUGAUACUAUUAUGGAGAAGUACCAGGCAGGUCAGCUUGUUCCCCUUCUCACUGAAGCUGGUGCCAUUGCCAAUAACUCUGCCCAGCUGUGAAUAUUGUAGAUACCAGAUGUUUCUGUGAACAAUGUGAAGAGAAGAAACUGCAAGCAAGGACAAUAGAUCACAUUACAUGUUUGUUUUGUAAUAACAAUAAACCUGGACGCCUAGAUGGCUAAAUGCUAGUAUGUGGUAAAGGAAUGAAAUAUGGUUGAUCAA